CGAUUUCGGUAAUUCACUUUGAGAGCGAUUUGAGGCGGAUUUCGCAAUGGAUAUUAUUAUUUUGUAAAGCGGAAAUUUUAUUAUUAAAUUUGAAAUCGUUCGAAGGAUUUAAUUUACUCGGAAAAUUAAAAUGAAAAGGCGAAGUUGGCAACUUGAAAAAUGUAAACAAUUAGCCCCGACAGUGGAGGACAGCGGGAACCAAUCUAUAUCACUUCGGCGGCCAUAUAAUCCCCGUUUAUCCUCGAAAAACGCUACGAGUGACGUUCGGACGGAGCCUCGGCAUUGCCCGGAUGCCCCGCGAACCCACCUGCGACGGGACGGCGCCGAAAUAACCCCCCGAAAAGGGAUCGAAAAACGACACCCCCGACGUCCGUCGAUGGUGGGAAUCAUACAUGCACAACAAGACAAGUUAUGACUUGCAGAAAGUUUACUUUCCAUGCAGAUGACUCAAGUGCAGUACAGUGCAUUAAGUGUAUUUCAUCGCUAAAAGACCAGAAUUUGAUUUCAAGGUGGACAUGUUGACAAGUGCAAGGGAUUGGUCUUCCAAGCAGAGUUAGAAUUAAACUUUUUGACGGAGGAUGGUUAUUGAAGUGACACCUAACAAGUGGGCUAAUCUUGUCAUCAUGCAAGUUGGACUACUUUGGACCAAGUAGAAGCUAAGUAUGGCAACUGCAUAAUUGGAGUUUAGCCAUCAUGCAAACUACUUUUGAUUGUGGAGACGUUAGUUUCUGCUGCCAUAUGGUAGAGAGGAAUGAAAUUCUGUUUGCUUGCUGUACUAUGUGUUAUAAACAUUUCAUAACUAUCUAGUUAAACAGUAGCAUAAUUAUUUAGGUUUCUGUUUUAAAAAUCGAUAUUACUGUAAUGUUAACUUAUUACUAGUUGGUCAUAUUGAUCUGAAACAUCUGCAGCAAAAACUGCUUUGAUUAAGAUUGAGAUUCUAGUGAGCUGUAGUUUUAAUUGAAUUAUAAUGUUCCUUUAGUACUGCAUUGGGAAUAUAUAUGUUAUAGUCACUUGACGUGACUCAAAAUAACUGAAACAUAACAUGAAUUUCAAUCAUGUGCCUAGUAUUGAUUGUUGUUGCUGGAAUAUUAAAAGACUGUACUGCCUAGAGCCACUCAUACAGUGUAUGAAUAUUUAGCAGACAUGGAGUACUGUACACUAUUGUAAAUAUAUUCUGUCAUUAGGGUUACAUGUAUAUUCUGAUGAUAUUUUGAAAUACUAUAUACUAGAAUUAAAGUUAUAUUCUGUAAAACUUUUAAAAGAAGAUUUCUUUAAAGAAAAACUUCAUUAACGGAAGACUUUGUGAGAAUGUACUUUUUAUCUGUAUGACGAACAGUGCUAAUGAAUACACUGGAUGUAUUAACAGUGCAUAAAUGUAUUAGAUACACUAUCUAUUUAAGGAAUACAGUAUGAGGUCCUAGAUGUAAUACAUGUGAAUAAAUGAAAACUGUUUUUGUAUCUGGAAGUAUUUCCAGUUAGUUUCAUCACUGAAUUAACUGUAAAUAGUUAUCCUGACUGUAUUUACUAUGGUCGUAUAGCCUUUGCAUCAAAAUCAUUGCUGCGUUGUUCACCUCUGCAACGUAUUUGGUAUGAGCCACUAGUGGAAAGUGAAGUGCGACGGAAGCGUGUUGUGUAGCCGUUUUGAUUGGGCUUGGUGUUAGUCAUGUCUGAAGAACCCUCAAGGGAUCAGCCUCAUGUCAAGUAUGUAUGCAAGAAAUGCAAAAAGAACUUUUCAUGUAAAUUCAGCUUAGGCAGCCAUUGGUUUAGCUAUCACAGGUUCAGAAAUUCCAGAGCAAGGGUGGUUAACACAAACAGCAGCUUGACUUUCUCUAGAAACAGAAGUGAGCCUAUGAUUCGUAUCAAAACUCUUUCUGGAAAGAAAUCCUAUCUCUGUAAAAUAUGCCUUGUGGUUUUCAGACAAAGAUCUCAUUUAAGAAGCCACGUGAAAAUUCAUGAAAUACAGCCCUGUAUUUAUGACAUGCUCAGUGAGGGCUUCCAAUGUAAAAGUACUGUGAAAAAGAACAAUGAUACACCCACGUGCAAAGUUAAUAGUGUUACUGAUGAAAAGUAUAACCAUGAUAGCUCUGGAAUAAGAAAGGAUGGAUCCAAAGCGAGAACAGUUUUGCAUAAAUGUAAAAUGUAUAGAAAGAUAUUCCUGUCAACAAAAUUUUUAAGGAAGAAAUUUUUCAAUUUCGAAUCAAAACUUAGGAUUUGCAAUAUUUGUAAAAAAGACUUCAGGCGAGUAUUAAAUUUACUGAAACACUUGAAAACUGCCCAUGGUCAUGUGAAGAUAUGUCACUGCUCAAUUUAUAGAAGAAGUGUUCAUCCUUUUUCGUACGUAUCUGUGCACAAACCAGCGCUCUGUAAGAAAAUUGAAUCACAUUAUUAUGGUAGCAGCUGUAAGAGACACAAGAUGAGGAAUCGCGUAUUUGGACACAAAAGGCAGUUGCAGAUAUCUGGAAGGCAAGAGAGCACCAGUGAAUUCAUCCAUAAAGAGAAAGCUCAGAAGGUGAAUUGCAAAGUUCAAAAUGAACUGAUAUCAUCAGAUUGUCAAGAUGAAAAAUCUGGCCAGGAAAACGAGACAGUGCAUUCCGAGUUACUGGGUAAGCAGCCAGUUCAAGAUCUCACUCAGGAAGACCAAGCCAGAGUUAAGUUUGAUAAUGGAAAUGAAGAUGGGACUAGUGAAUCCAUCAAUGAUGAAUCGGUUCAUGAGAUCACUCAUAUCCAGAGGAAAGCUGGAUCAGAAUCUGAAAAGGAAAGCGGGGACAUCUGAAGUCUCUAAUGAAGAGGAGGCAGUUUCUGAAGUCUCAAAUGAAGAGGCAGUGCCUAAGGUCAUUCUUGAAGACCAUGCAAGAUUCACAUGUGAACAGGAAAGUGACGGGGUGAUCGGUGCAGCCAUUGAUAAACAGGCUCAAAAUGUCCAUCAGGAUCAAAAUGUUGUUGCAUCAGAACAGGAAAAUGAAACUUAUAAUCAACCUCUGCCUGAUGAUACACCUCAAGCUGAGACAGGACGUGAAAAUGAAUGGGUGACCUGUGAAAACCCCUUCGAGUGCCCUGUUCAAGAGACGAAGUUUGACCUCCAAAGGAAGGUUGCAUUAGGAAAUGCAAAUGAUAAAUGGACCUAUGAAUUACCCAACAGACAACCAGUUCAAGGAGUCACUCAUGGAGGUCAAGACAAAGUAACACCCAAAUAUGAUAAUGUGGCAUCAUCAGAACUCGCAAAUAAGCAACUUCAAAGUGGUGUUUUCGAAGACAAAAGCGUGAUGCUGCCAGUACAGAGGUAUGAAGUGGAGAACCAUGGAUUAUACAAUAAACACCCUGCUCAAGAUACUAGUCUUAACCAAGGCAAGGUACUUGAUCAUCAAAAUAAACAAAUGUCCUCUGAAUUCCCUGACAGGCAAAUAGUUCAGGAGAGUUUCCCAGAAAUCCAGAGAAAAAUGGCAUUCAGUCACGGGAAUGAAAGGGUGCAGAAUGAAUUCUCUAAUAAACAACCAGGUCAAGAUGCCAUUUUUGAAUACCAAAGAAGAAUUGCAUUAGGGCAUGGAAGUAAUUAUCAACAGUCAGCUGAAGAGGUUGCCCAAGGAGUUGAAAGAACAGCAGCACCCACAGGUUACAUGUUUGUUAAGGAAAACUCAGGUGUUAAUAUUGACAGUAAUAGAAUGACUGGUUCUGAUUAUCAUCGUGGACAUGCUUUUCAAUGCAAAGUAUGUAAACUCACAUUUUAUCAAGAGCACCAGUACAAUAAGCAUAUGGAGACCUAUCACAAAGAGGGUAAUGACAUUGCCCAUAAGGCCACCUCCGAUAAUUUAACUAAUAAAAGUUAUGGGAAAUUGUACAAUUUGACCGAUGGUAUGGCAUGCUUUCCUCCUGGCACAAGCUUAGGAAAGCCUGCUUACGGGGAUUUUCCAGUCAAAGGUGAUCAUUUCUCUUUUAAUACCAUGGUUUACAAGUGUAAAUAUUGCAACGUGGUUUUUGGAAACUGUGAAGCUUUCCAGUGGCAUCUCUUCCAUGCACAUUCAAAGAACAGCUUCUACGAAUGUUAUUUAUGCAGAACAAAGUAUACUGAUAGGGGUCAGUUUACUAACCACAUUCAGUCCCACACACAACGAGAGAUGCAUACCUGCAGUUUCUGUAAGGAAGGACUUCACAUAUGUGAAAUAGGCUUUUAUAGCGAAGCCUAUGCAAACAAGCUUAGGGAUGGGUGUGUUUAUAAUGAACAAAAUUACAAUUUGUUAUACAACCACGAAUUAAGGUAUCCAGCUGAACGAGCAGGAAAUGUUGGAAACCAACAUCCAAAUUCAUCGGUAGUGUGCAAUGUUGUUGGUGAAACUGAAAGCAGCUACAAUCAAAAGCAGUAUAAUUAUGGUAGAUACAAUUUGGAAAACAACGCGCAUGAAAAUUAUGCAAAUAGUAAUAUGUCCCAGAUCCACAAAGGAUCACUUAAAGCCAGUGAAGAUCUUAGACAACUCAACAUGUUUUCCCCAGAGACUUCGGCUCAAAGAAUUCAUGAAAAUGUCAUCAAUGUAAUGUUUGAAGAAUUUGUGAAAGUAGAAGAGAAUUGUUUCUACAGUGGUCAAGAGAAUUUUGGUUAUGAGAGACGCCUUUUUUCAGUUGUAAAUCAUAAUUUUGCCGACAACAGUCAUAAUCCUUGUGGUAGUGGAAACAUUCCAGUUUGGACUGACAAUGAAAUGGGUAAUGAAGAAUUUACACAAGUGUUUGACAUUCUUUACAAUACUGGUCAGGGAAGUGGCGGUGUCAUAGGCAAGAAUGACUCUGAAUUCAACAUACCUUUGAAGAAAAAGAGGAAGACCACAAAAUCAGACCGCAAUGGUGAAGGCAAGAAACGCGGUAGAGGACAGUCCUCUAAAAAAGUUCCUCAGAGUACAGAAGGUGGCGGUGGUCCCAAUCCACUUGAAUCAGGAGAUCCGUCAAAUGAAAAUACGACCAUAUCCUAUAAUGCAAGGCUAUAUGAAUGUAAUGUUUGUCACAGAAAGUUCCAACAUGACUGCAAUUUGCACUUACACAUGAAAGUUCAUGAAUCCAACCCAGAUGAAAAAGAAGAGGACAAAGAAAAAGAAGAGGAAAAAGAAGAGAGCCCUAGUGAAUCACUGUUGGCGAAUGUAGAGGAAUUAGUCGAAGAAAAUGGGCUUUAUUCCUGUAAAAUAUGCAAAAAACAGUAUACUUCAGCAGCUGAGCUUAAACAGCACAAAGCCUCGCAUUGGGAAACAAGACUUUUCUUUUGUAACAUCUGUAAAAAGGAUUUUAGGCAAUAUGCCAACCUAGUAAGGCACAAAGAAGGAGUACAUGAACGUUUAAAACCACAUAGUUGCAGUGUAUGUAACAAAAGUUUCCAUACAGUCUCGCAGCUAAACAUUCACCGAAAUGCAGUGCAUGAAAAAAUAAGGUCUUAUCAGUGUGACACAUGUCCGAUGAAAUUCAGCUGCAAAUUUAAUAUGUUACGGCACAGAGAAAAAGUGCACGAGAAAAUUAAGUUGGAUCUGGUACCACCUGCCGCCGAGCCUUCCAAAAAGAAGGCUGUUAGGCGCCGUCGUCGUAAAGGUGAAAAGGAAGGUUCAAGCGAGAACCAGCACGUACAUAGCUGUGAACAACAUCGUAAUGACGGAAAAGAUGGCACAUCUGAGGUUUGUCCUGAAGAUCAUUCAAAAGUAGCUCACGAGGAUGAAAAAGGUGAUACAAAUGAGGUCCAGCAAACAGAGAAUUCACAAGGUAAUUCCCAAAAUGGAUCAGAGGUGUCCAAUUCUGGCGGUUCAAAAUGCACUUGCAAAAAAGGUAUCAAAGAAGGGAAAAAACGUCGAAGGCCGCGCAGUAAAAAGGUUGUUGUGAAACCAUACAGUUGUGAUUUGUGCAAGCAGACCUUCAAAACCUUACGUAUUCUGAAAAAGCACAUGAUGGUUCUACAUGAAACGGAAGGAUUUCCCUGCAAUUUUUGCGGGAAAGAAUAUGUUUCUAUAGUCUUGCUAAGCAAGCACGAAAGAAUUCACAUUAACAAAUUAUACGAGUGCAGUGAGUGCAGCCAGAAAUUUCAUCGUAAGUUCUUAUAUGACAGACACAGAAAGGAGUGCUGCCCUAACAGUAUUGAGAUUCCUGAUGGGGAAGCAUCGAACUCUGACGAUUUCGGGAAGGAUGGAAGUAACAUAUCCAGUGAUACAGAAGAAACGCUGGAAAUAGAAAAGAAUUUGUCAUGUAAUAUUUGUUCCAAGAAAUUUGCAAAGUCUGGCUCACUUCAAAGACACCUGUUAUAUGCCCAUCCAGAAAACAAGCCCUUUAGCUGUCAUAUCUGUAAGCGAGAGUUUGCAGGCAAGUGUCACUUAAUCCUUCAUAAAAAAUCCCAUACUCAGAGAAAGUCAUUUGACUGCGUCAUGUGUGAGAAAGGAAUCCAUAUCUGCGAGGAAGGUUUUUUUCCCGCUUCCCAUCCCAAGAAGUGCAGUGAAUCCAGCAGAGACCAGAAAGUAAGAGUAAACAUGUCUCUUGAUCAUGAAGGUUACGGUCAGGGUGAGAAAACAACAGAAAAAGAAAGCCAAGAAUCCAACUGUAGUCAGGGCAUCGUAGAAGUGAGCGAUGAGGCUUCUAUAUCUAGUAAAAAGGAAUCACUUUCUGAAGAGGGUCAGUUACGGCAAGAGUGUUUCGACAAGAGUCCGUACGUGCUUUUAGAAAAACUCAAAACCGACAGGGCAACUGGUAAACAACAAACGUCAGACGGUGAGAUGCCCUUUGCAUGCAAUCUGUGUUUUAAAACGUUUGAGAGAGCACACACUCUGAAAAGACACCUUUUAUAUGCGCAUCCCAAAGUCAAGCCAUUUACUUGUGAAAUCUGUAAGAGAGAUUUUGUAGCGAGGUGUCAUUUAAUCGUUCACGCUAAGAAACAUUCUCCAAAGAUGCCUCAUGACUGUGAGAUGUGUCAAAGACAGAUGCACAUAUGUGAGAAAGGGUUUCAUAUUGGUAAGGAAGACCAAACCAACAGCGAUCCAGAGGGAGACUGUACGUCACCAUAUUGCCAAGAGCAUUGCAUCCCGAGUGAAACAAAAGGGAAAAUUGAAAAUCAAGAUACAGCUGACAGUAAAGGACCCAUAUUGUGCAACAAAGGAACUGUUCAGGAUAACCAAUUACCAGUUGUAACUAAUAAACCAGAUACUAAUGUGUUUGGUUGUCAUGAAGCUGUUCUUGGAGGUACAGUAGUAGUCAAGGAGGAAAAGGAAUGCAGUGACCACAGUGACCUUGAAUUGCAAGGAGAAAUCCAUACAGUUGUUGAUCCCAAUUGGUGUGAGAUGUCUUGCUUGGAAUGUAAAAGAGUCUUUGAGAAUAAUGCUCUCUAUAUGCAACACUUACCAUGCAAAGGAAUGGUUACAAAGCAAGAAGGUGGGAACCAAGAAAUACAUCAGUAUUAUCAAGAUGACUUAAUGAAGAGUGAGAUGGGAAACAAAGGAAUUUGUUAUAACAACCCUUUUGCUAAGCUUCCCAAAUGUGAAAGUACAUUAGAAAGUAGUGAAAAUCAUGAUAAUGUUAUGGUUACUAAUUCCAGUGAAAGAAUGGAUGUUCCAGAGAAUCGGGAAAAUAAGAACUUACUUAAGACAGGUCACAGAGAAAUACAUAAGAGUAAUGAAAACUUUGUUCAUGGAGGACGCAGUAAAAGUAACCCCAUUGCAGCAGUCCCAUAUGAUUUUUCAGUGAAGAAUCUUAUUACAACCAAUGAGGGUACUUCCUCUAAGCAUGGCUUAGAGAAUAAGAGACCUAAAUGCCAGGCAGUGUUAAGUGAAAGUAAGAGUACUGCUGGAAAAGACUAUUUGGAAAAAAGUUCCAAAAAAGACUGGAAAACUGACAGUACUUUCAAAAUAUAUAAUCACUAUAAACUUGCUCCAGGUAAGAGGUCAGAAAAUAGUUUGAAAGUGAAGUUGAUAAAUAAGAAUGUAGACCAGACAACUCUUAACUGUGCUAAUUCAUCAGAGGACAGUUUUGACAAUGAAAGAAAUGAUGCCGUCACAUCAGCAGAUGAAACACAGAACAACAUUGGUAGAGAACAGCAGAAAGUUCCAAUAUAUUCAGUAGAGAAAAUCACUGAUUCAAAGAGCAAAACUUCAGAGAAAACCCCGCUUGCCUCUGAAGGAGAUUGCGUCAAGAACAUUCACCUCUCCACGACAGGGAUCACUGAGAACAGUGGUGAGAAUUCAGACAGUAUUCAGGGUUCAAAUCAUUGUCAAACCUCUGUUCCUUGUGAAAAGAAUGAAGGCCAUCUGGCAAAUAAAGAGCUUGUGGGUCGGGGUGAUAGCACUCAAUAUUUUGAGAGAAAAGUAUCGUGUACUAUUAGUAAACGUCAGGUUGUAGAUAACUGGAUGAAACUGUAGAUAUAGAUAUUAAAAAAAAAAAAGGCUAGCUUUGAAUGCAGUUUCAUCAUGUAGGACCUUGUAAACACAGAUAGAAUUUAUUAUACAGUACUUUGUCUCGCCAAGGUAUUCUGAAAGCAGCUCGGUUUUACUAAAAUGUACUUCAGUGAUAAAUACUGUAGUAUAAAGAUAUAUGUUAAGGUUUCUGUAAUGUAUGAAUGAAAGAACACAAAUACCAAAUUCAUUCUACAGUGAUACUGCCUGUAUUGUUGUAGAACUAUGUUGCUCCUUACACUUGUCAAGCAAUCCUGUACAGUACAGAGAGUCUGAUUACCAGUAAUGAGUUUGUUUUAUAUACUUAUUAUACUUUAAAUUUUAUUCGUGUGUUUGGAUUUAUUCUUGAUUUAUUCAGUGAAGGAGCCGCCAGGAAGUCUAAUAGUGGUUCUUUGGUAGUUUUCAAUUUGUCCAAAUAGAAACAAUUAACCCUGUCUAAUACAUAUAUGGCUCAACAUCAGCUACAGUAGUAUAGUUCCUAGCCAUUUCACAAUGAAGGGCUCAGAAUUAGCACUGAAGUACUCAAGUCCUCCUUAAAUAAAUCCAUCAAAGUCUGAAGUCUUUAACUACAUUUCUCUCUUCAUUGUGAGUUAUUAAGCAAUCAAAGUUUAAUACAGAUGUGAGAAACUGACUCUCCAACUAGAAAUUUUUCAAAGAAAAAAUCUUUUGAGUAAUCGACCACCACCAUUUGCCUGCAGAAAGUUUGUCGAUAAAUGUAAAAAAAAAAAAAAUUAUCCACUACUGUAACUACUCCCUCCUUGGAAUCCCACUUUGAAAUAUCAUAUAUUGUUUUCUGACCCAUUCCCAGAAUAGUACAGAACAACUCAUAGAAUUACUAAACAAUGUUCAUGUGAUUGUCCAAUUGUCAACCAGCAUUGAAUAUCAAGUUUGUAAACAGUUCUAUAAUUGGAAUUUUGUCAGCAUCUUUAAAAUUUUCAGUAUUAAUUCAAAGUAGUAUUAAAUUUGUAAGGAGUUAUGAUUUAUUUACUAAAUAUGACAUAUUUACUGUAGAAGAACAAACCUUUCUGGCCAGCCUUAUGAAAUUCAAGAAAGUUGACUCAUUGGUUUUGGUAAACUUUUUAUUAACAAGUAUUAUUCUAUUUUUUAUUAUUAUUAUUAAGGGAGUUCAGGAUGUAAUGAUCAUAGGACAGAGUAUAAAACAUAGGCUGGCAUACCGUAGAUAACUAUUUUGUAUUUAGAUAUGAUGUCCUGUACUGUGUCAUUUUUCACAGCAGAGUACUAGUACAUCAGUUUGAUUCAUGUGGAAAUGACUUGUAUCCAGAUAACUUUUGAGAAAAUUUUAUUUAUAGUUUAACUGCACCACGAAGUUCCAUAAAGAGAAAAAUGGGAAUAAAACAAAGUGAAGAACUCAAUAGCUUGGCUAGAAGAUGUAGAAUUUUAUUCUAAACUAGAGUUGCAUGUUGAUAUCCUCACAGGACUAGCUCAGUGAUUUUGUCCGUAAAGGAGAACCAAACUUUUCCAUCUGAACUGCAGGGGAUGCGUUAAUGUGCUUGAACUUGUAGGUGGGUUGUUGUGUUGUCGAAAAUUCUACCUCAUGAAAUAGAGAGAGCAGGCACCAUUAGGAAGCUUUUACUUGUCAUUGUACAAAGGACAUUCUUACUGCAUGCACUGCCAAAGGAGGACCAUUUGAGGAGCUCCUUGUAGCUGUUAUGAGAAUCAGCUCAGUCUAGAGUAUGAAGUUUCCUGUGAAAUGUGAUGACAGGCAUUUGUAACCAAAGUGUGUCCCUUUUUUUCUAAAAUACUCAAAGUUCUUGUACCUAGGAAUGGCAGUAUUGUUGUGGGAUGGGGGAGGACUAUGGGGAUGUUAGGAUUUAGGAGUUUUACAAAUUAUUCAUUUUGAAACCUAACUGUAUUGAUAAUAUAUAUUACACAUACUUACAACCACAUACAAAUAUACAACUAAUUAUACAAUUUUUAUUCGCAAAACAGUAAUGUGCCUGAUAGCUUUUACAAAAUCACUGUAUAGUACAAUGACAAAAAUUAACUUCUUAAUAAACUUCUUAAGCAAAACUCCCAAAUUUUUGCCUUAACAAACAAAAGCAGUCACUUUCUGGUAAGAGUCCAGUCCUUGAGGGAAUAAUUUGUUGAAAACAGAAGAUUCUGCAUGAAUAUCAGAGUGAAGUGAGAAAUUAUACAAUAAUUAAUAAUUAUUACAAACAAAAAUAAUAAAACAAUUACUGUAGCACACCAUUAACUUCAAAUCAGUGAGACACUUGAUGAAUUGUACCACCAUAUUAAAAGAAAUUAUGUGAACAAGGUCUUUUCCCUGUUGAAAACUAUUAUAGCCAGAAGACAUUACAACACUUCCUGAGAGAAAGAUUUAUUUAGGCAUUUUUGUUGUUGUGAGGGAUUUUGCUAAAAAAAAAAAAAAUUCAUAUCACAGUAGUACAGGCAGUUUCUAGGGAAAGGAAAAGGGUUCUGAUCUCUGACUUUAGCUCAUUUUAAUUUAAUACCAUUGUACACUUACAUUAGUACUGUUAUGUGAAUGAAAUCCAGUUUGCUAAACUGCAAAGUGUGUUACAUUGUAAUAAGUAGUAACUGAAUUAAUUUCACAAGUGCAUUACUACAUGUAGAAUGAUAAGUGGUCUCCUCUUAGCUGAUACUGUAGGGUGCUUCAGUGUAAGGGGUUUGAAAAUGGUGUAGUAUUUGUUUAUAACAUUCUUGAAAAUUUCAUGUUCUGUAAGAUAUUGCCAUGAAAUGUUUGUACGUACAUGACUGAAUACAGUAUUGUAUUGAAGAUCUUAGGUGAUUUGGUCUGCUACUCUGUUACUCAGUGCCAACUUUGUAGUUUGCGUUUUAUUUUCAUUUCAUGUUUCUUGGUUUUGUAUUUUUCAAUAAAUAACCUAAUUAGAAAAGAAUAGCAAAAUAAAAAUGUA